AUGAUGAGAAAAGGGAAUUCCUUGGAGGACUCCGAUUUUCAUUCUGAAAGUCAGAACAGCUUCCGAAAGUCAAGUAACGACACCCCAGUCAGCCCUACAGAGAGUUUCGGAUCAGUAUUUAUAAGUUCAGAUGGAGAAAAUGGAACAGAUGAAAAAAGAAAGGCAGGAAAAUCACCUACUCUGUUGCUGCAGACCCCUACCAGUGAAAUGGAAUAUUUUGAUGACCGGAAAAAAGUUGAUGUUGCUAGGACAAAGAGCAGCACAGAUAGUCCGCUCCUGACAAUGGAUAUCAAGAGUGACUCCAAGAUUGAAAGGAAAAAACGUGCCUCAAAUCAGCUGAAGGCAAAUGCACACUUUCAUAAGCUGUUUCUAGAUGUUCCCAUUGACGAGCCCCUGAAACAAAGUUUUACCUGUGCUCUGCAGAAAGAAAUUCUAUACCAAGGAAAGCUAUUCCUUUCUGAAAACUGGAUUUGCUUCCAUUCCAAGGUUUUUGGUAAAGACACUAAGAUUAGUAUACCUGUGCUCUCGGUGACACUUCUGAAAAAAACCAAAACUGCCCUUCUUGUGCCAAAUGCUCUGAUCAUAGCAACAGUCACAGAUAGGUACAUGUUUGUCUCCUUACUCUCCAGAGAUAACACCUACAAGCUAUUAAAAUCUAUCUGUGGACAUCUUGAGGAUACAAGCAUGGGCAACAGUCCAAAUCCCUCUUCUGCAGAAAACAGCUUCAGGGCUGAUCGUCCUACAACUCUGCCCUUGGAUUUCAAUGAAGACUAUUCUGAUCUGGAUGGAAUAGUGCAGCAGCGGAGGCAAGAGAUGGAAGAGUCCAGCAGCACAGGCUCACAGACGCCAGAGCUGGAAUGCUUCCAAGAUUAUCAUGUCGUUGAGACACAGACUCACUUGAAAGUCUCCAAGACUGAGGCAAAGUCUGUCCGUUCAGAUGCACACAGUAAACGCGGUCCUGAUGGCAAGGCCCAAAACAGUCCUCGAAACGGUGAUUCUGAAGCCUUCAGGUUCUUCCACAAAGUGAAGUCACAGAAGUUGUUAUCUCUGAACCAUGUACUUAUAUUUUACGCAGUUCUCGUUUGUGUAUUAAUAUUUUCUACCUUCUAUAUGAGAUAUAAAAUCAAUGUCCUGGAGGAACGUCUUACUUCGAUCACAUCCUUUGAUUCACAUAUUAAGGAACAUCCAGUGCGCCAAGGUUUGGGAUCUCAUCUGCAAAUUAAUGCUGAUGCCCUUUGUGAUGAGUUAACUGCUAAUCUUAUAAAAUUGGAAAAGAUACAGAACAACUUACAAAAACUACUUGAAGAUGGUGAAUGAAACAUCGAUAUUCUUGGACUGCUUCAGACCUCAUUCUCUCUUGACAAACAGUUCCAAAGGAGCUCUGCGGGCCAGAGUUCAAGCUUUAUUUUCAGUGCAAGCCAAGCUUAAACUACUGUAAAGCUCAUGUCAUAAUGCAGAAAGUCAGUUUAUUCUUGAGCAUGUAUCUGUAUGUUUUGAAAACAUACAUGUUUUGAUCUACAUGUAUCUAUAAGUUUUGACAAUAUGGGGAUUUUUUCUUC